UCAAACCCGAACAUGAGCCCAGGAGAGAAAACCAUUUUCCAAGAGUUUCUGACAAACCAGGGCACUGUGGUAAAGCCCUGCUGGUGGCAGAGACAGUGCCCUGCCUGUGCCAAGUGUCCCUUCCACAUCCGGACGGGGGAAGAAGCCAGAGUGCCACUCACAGAAUUCCACGGGCUCUUUGGCUCCCCAGACAGGCCCGCAGCGACUCCUCAAAACAGGCACCUUCUCUUCUACGAGCUGAUGAGCUGCUCAGGCAGAGUCCUGCAGAAGGGCCACGCCACAAACUGCACUGCCCGAGCCCAGCACCCCGAGGCUGUGCUGUUCGAGGCGGGCGGGUACCUGGACGCAGCCACAGCCGCCUGUGAAAGCAUCAGGGGCAUCGCCCUCUACUCGAAUCUCUCCCCCUGUGGCGAGGCUCAGCACUGCUGCUUGAGGAAGAUGUACAACUUCCUGCUGAGACACCCACACGUCACGCUCCGCAUCUAUUUCUCCCGGCUCUAUCGCGCUGGGAAUGGCUCUGCCAGUGCCAUGGGGGAUGCCAGGGCUCUGCGGAGCCUCUGCAGCCUCUGGCCCCGGGUGACCCUGCAGAGGCUGCCAGAGGGGGCACGGCAGUACCUGCUCUGCCACUUCGUGUGUGGCAUCACGGGGGCAAUCCCUCCUCACCCGGCGCUGCUGCCAUCGGGAGCCUCAGCAGGUCGACAAAACCCACGUCAAAUUAACUUAACGGGAGUGAAACCGUAUUUUAGGGAAAGUUGUCCCCGGGGAGCGGAGGAGAACCCGGCUGUGCGGCAGAAUUUAAAGGUCUUCCCCUCUCCCCGCCCGGCCUCCCGACAGCCUUUCCCAGCCGCGAAAGGCACUCUGCUCCCUCCGAUGUCUCUAAGCCCUGUGCCUUCUCCAGGCGUGUUUCUGCCCUCUCAGAGGGAACAGCUACACCUCAGACCCAUAAAUAUUGUAAGGCAUUUAAAAAUGCCAAAGGAAUGACUCAGUGGAACUCCUCAUUUCCCUGUGGCACGCACCUCUUCUGAGGAUGACACACAUCCCUCCGCUUUUGGGUGUGAAACUUAGAUCACAGAUAGCAAAAAGCACCAUUAAAAUCCCCUCUUACCCAAGUUAACCCACAGUGUAAAACCGUGGGUCUCAAAUAACCGAUUAUGAACGUCCUUAUGUUUUAAUCCUCUACCUCUCAAACACAAAUCCAGAGUCGUAAAC